AACAAGUAUUUUAUAACCAAAUAUCAACUAUAUGUUCUGGUUUGAAACUUUUUUUUACAUUUUUUAUUUACUACAUAAUUCCAUAUAUGUUCCUUCAUAGAUUGGUACAGUGUAGAAAAUGAAUGAGGAGGUGUGUACAGGUGUUUUGAAUGGUAGUGUAUAUACUGUAUAUCUUUUGGUUUGAGUGGAUGAGAUGUUAAUCAUUAACAUCUCAGAACAGAGCACAAAGUUCAGGAACACAACAGAAUACAUUUUAAUACAGCUAUUAGGUACAUAUCAGGAAUAUGUACCUAAUAGCUGACGUUACCCUUUUAUAACAAAGUUGAACCCUUAAUGAGAGUACAACUUAUUGCAGGACUGGUGAAUUUGAAAUUCAAAUAAUCUUGAUGAAAAACAAAUAACAUAACUGGCAGAACAGGGCAUGACAUGACCCUGCCCUGUGGGCAGGGAGGGGUUUCUGUAAAGGGCAGAGUCACAAUAAAAGGAAAUGCGCAAUGUAGAUCGAGCAUUCGUGAGGUGCCGUUUGAACUUUUUAAAGAGGAACUGACAGAAUUUGCUGCCGUUGGACAUGGAUGACUUUGUUUGUGAUAUAUUAAAAGAAUGGGGUCUCAGCAAAUACAUUGAGAAAUUUAAAGAUCAUGAGGUUGACAAGGAAGGUCUUUACUGUCUUACUGAUAAGUUGAUUGAUGAACUGAUCCCAAAGGUGGGGCCAAAGGGAAAAUUCAUCAAGAAAUUUGAACUGUUAAAGAAACAACAAGACUCAGCAACAAACCAGGAGACAGUUCCAUCAGGACAAGAGUAUGAAGAAACAGAAGAAUCUGCUCAGGUUUUUCCAUCCACCAGUGGUGCAAAUGAUACAGGAAAGAGAAAGGGCAAACAGCUCUCACAAGCAAGUAAACGCAGAUGUACACCAGAUUCAGAAGAGAGCAAACUCUCUGAUGUGAAAAAAAUAAUGAAUGACGUCCAGCCGAUGCUUCUAGACAACACAGAUAUCAGUGAUUUCCUGAUGCGUAAAAUCAGUGAUUUGACGACGGAAAAGAGGGAACUGGUUGGUGUCUUUGGUAAAACAGGGGCUGGAAAGAGCACUUUGAUCAAUGCCAUCAUUGGAGAGAAGAAUCUUCUACCGACUGGAAGGCGUGAUGCGUGCACCACAGUCAUGAUUAAAGUGGAGGCCAGUGACUCACCAAAGUAUGAAGCAUACAUUGAGUUCAUUACACCAAAGGAGUGGGAAGAUGAAUUGUGGUCCUUUGAAAGAUUUCAGGAUGAUGAAUUUGAAGACACUGAGGAAAAGCUUACAGCACUGUAUGGACAAGAUUGGAAAGGCAAAAUUAACCAUACAAACUGCAAUGACAACAAGCAUUUCAAAGAAAUUCCACAUUUUCUAAAGUCAGAUACGAUGAGUUUGACAAGUGACUCAGCUGAGGGGAUAUCUGCAGAAAUUGCCAAAUAUACAAGAAAUAGUAGAGCAGUGAAGAAGCAAUACUGGCCAUUAGUGAAGUGUGUGACUCUCAAGUUACCUGAUAGAAAUGACUUUCUCCAACAUGUCACGAUUGUGGACUUACCAGGAAAUGGGGACCGCAAUAGGAGCAGAGACAAAAUGUGGAAAGAGCUUGUUGGAAAAUGUUCCACCGUGUGGAUUGUGAGUGAGGCCAAUCGCUCAGCAGCAGAGAGAGAGGCCUGGGAAAUCCUGGAAAAUUCCUGUUGCCUAAUGGGAAAUGGUGGCGAGUGUCAGCAAAUUCACUUCAUCUGCACAAAGUGUGAUGAUUUUGUUGAACCAGCAAUGUCAGCUGAAGAGGUACGUAACACGUUGCUUCAGGAAAACCAAACAAACAAGGAAUCAAUAGAAAGUGAAAUAUUGAAGAGCCUUCAAAAGGAAGGAAAUGUUAAGAAUCACUUCAAUAAGGACUGUUUCAAAGUGUUCACAGUGUGCGCCAGAACUUUUCUGAACGAAACAUACGAAAAGGUAGAAGACACAGAAAUUCCAGCUCUUCAGGAGUUUCUGAAAAAUCUUGAUGACCGUCACUCAGAGACACUAAACUAUGUGUCAAGAGCACAUGGCAUUCUCUCUCUGAUCCAAGGGGCAAGAAACAGGAAAUCGAAAAAGGACGUGUACAAAGACCUUGAAGAAACACUAAGUUCUGAACUUGGUAGAGUCAGAAUACCGAUGAAAGAGGCUUAUGCAGCGUUUGAAACUGGCCUUGUGGAGGGUGUGAAGAAGUCAUGCAUCUCAUGGAGAAAAUCUGUGACGGAAGCAAUAUGCCCUAAACCCGGUAAGGGUAGAGGUUUUCACAAGACAUUGAAGUGUGUCGUAAACAACAGUGGUGCCUUUACAUCAAAGAAAAAGGUCGCAAAAAACUUAAACGUGAUAUUAAGUUCUUGGUUGACUGACAGCAUUGAUGAGAAAUUCAAGGAGACCUUCCCAAAUGAAAGGAAAAGUGGACCAUUCAAGAAUGCCCUUAACGUGUUUACACUGGGCACAGAGAAGCUGAUUCAAAAGUACAAAGACGAUGAACUGCAGCUUAUCUUUCUCAAGACAGAGGAAGAAAAAGUCAAGCAUAAACUCAACAAAACCAUCCGGGAUCGCAAGAAGACAAUCUACAACAGUCUGACAGACAAAAUAGAGAAAAACAUGCAAACAUGUUAUGAUGCUGCAAAGGAAGAAGAAGGAGAAGGUUCAAUGAUAAGAAUGCAGGAUAUUAUCCUGGACCAUAUCAAGGAUAAUGAAGACACCAUGUUUGAGGAGGCUAAAAGCGAAAUGUUGGAACAACUGGUUAAGUUGAAGAACGACAUCCUGGUGGAACUGGAAGAAACCUUGAGGGAAUCAAUGGAGCUGGCACUCGAGACAGAUUCAGACUCAUUGCCAGAUGUUUCAUCAGAGCUUGACUUUGUGAAGAAGUUCCUCAGUGAACUAAAAGGCAGCCCAAGUGAAUAAACUGAGCAAUCUAAAAUGAUGCUAAAGGUUCUACUGUUUGGCAUCAGUCGACUUCUUGAAACUUUGAAAGGUGAAAUAUGGCUCAAGGAUUAGUCCAUUAACUUUUGGAGAGGAUCUGAUUAUGGGGGUGCAUACAUACUUAUUUUUACAUUUAUCCUUAUGAGUUGUUGUUUUUUUUCAGCAUCUUCAUUUACUAAAUGACUUUUGUUAAGUGUGUGCAGAAUGAUUUUUAUAUUUGUGUGGAUGGACAUUCUUGCCAUGGUCUGAUAUAGAGGCAGGGGGCAGAAAGACGCUGUCUCAUUCAAUCCAAGUACUUAUUAGUCUUUGCCACUGGGCCACUAGUAUGCUCUCAAAAUGCUUUGUCUUUUUAAUGAUUCUUAAUGAUUCUUACUGAUUGAAAUAAUACAUUUAGAUAAGGUGAUUGAUAUAUGAGUGCCCUUGUAUAAGUUAUGGAUGAAUUUGAAUACAAGCUUUAGGCUGGACUUUAUCAGACUGUUUAAGUAAAGUAAAGUAACAGUUUCUCACUUUAAGCAAAGUGCAGAAUUAAGUGGAUGCAGAAUGAUUUUCUAUUUUUGGGGAUAGACAUUAUUAACAUGUACUGAUCUAGAGGCAGGAGGCGGAAAGAUUCAGUCUUGUUCAACCCGAAUACAUGUGGUUUUUUUGUCUUUGCCAUUGGGCCACUAUGCUUUUUUUGUCCAGGAUUUUAUUUUGUAACUUUUAAGGUGAUUGGUAUUUGAGUUCCCCUGUGUAAUUAAUUGAUGAAUUACGAGCUUUAGGCUGGAUUUGAUAAGGCUGUUCAAGUAAUGUUCUUAAAUAACGAUAGUUUCUUACUGCUAACAAUGUUUGUGUAUCAGAAAUAUCAUCACAGGUGCGUUUGCAUCGAGCUGCCAGUAGCAUUUAACCUGUGCAUACAGUACUUGUGCUAACUGCUCUCUUCAGCCUGACCCUGUCUGACACAGAGAAUGUGCAGCAUACUGUGUGUCCUCAUAGUUUCUGUCAGGCCAAGCAUGUGAUCAUGGCAAACAAUUAUUCUGGCUUUCAUUUUCUCUUGGUCAACCCUAAAUAUUUUUGAUUAUGUAGUUGUUUGUGUGCUCUGAAUAAAGACAUAAAAUGAA